GCUACGCUUCCGGUAGGCGUGGCUCAACUCCCUCACCGCCCGAGUCUCACUGUGCUGUGCGUGGAACCUCUCUUUCGGUUUAUUUUUUUUAGUUUUUAUAUUUAUAAUGUCCGUGAACUUGAGUAAAAACGGCCCAGCGCUCACAGCCGCCUAUAAAGAGGUGGUGGAUGAGAAAUCCGAGACUAACUGGGCCUUGUUCACCUAUGAGGGAAACACCAAUGAUAUCCGGCUGGCCGAUAAAGGGGAGGGAGGCCUGGAGGAGCUGGUGGAGGAGUUGAACAGCGGGAAGGUGAUGUACGCGUUCUGCCGGGUCAAAGACCCCAACUCCGGCCUCCCUAAAUACGUCCUGAUCAACUGGACUGGCGAGGGUGUGAAAGACGCCAGGAAAGGACUGUGUGCCAACCAUGUUAGCUCCAUGGCUAAUUUUCUGAAGGGAGCGCACGUAACUAUAAAUGCUCGCGCAGAGGAGGACGUGGAACCCGAAUCCAUCAUGCAGAAAGUGGCCAAGGCUUCAGGAGCCAAUUACAGUUUCCACCAGGAGUCCAACCGCUUCAGAGACACGGGACCUCAGGGACCUGUGGGUUCUGUUUAUCAGAAGACCAACGCGAUGUCCGAAAUCAAGAGGACCAACAAGGAUAACUUCUGGGCGCAGGCGGAGAAAGAUGAGGAGAAGCGCCGCCAGGAGGAGAAGAAGAAGUUGGAUGAAGAGCGGCAGAAGCUGGAGAAGGAGAGGAAGGAUCGGGAGGUCAAGGAGGCCACGCUGAGGGAGAAGGCGGCCAAAGAGAGGUCCUCCCAGAUCGAUGAGCAGAGGAGGUACCAGCAGGAUCUCGAGAGUCAGCAGAAAAAGCAGCAGGAAGAGGAGGAGCCGGCCGCCAGACCCAAAGGCUAUAAGCGUGCGGAAUCGGUGGAGAAAGCCAAUGAGGCUGCUUCUCUCAUCUCCCAGCGUUCUGUGAACCCCAGAGAAAUGUUCCAGCAGAGAGAGAGAGGCAUUCCAGCCAGCAGCACAGACAACACACCAUCCAGCUCACAGCCUGGGCGGUUGAAAAGCCCUUUUUUUUCUAAGCAGCCUUAUGAGCCUGAGCCGUCUCGCUCUCCUGUGCGCAAAGCCUCACCUGUACGAGUCACAGAAACCAGAGUUGUGGAGUCUCACACUGAUUACGAGGAAGCGGAUGCUGAUGCAGAGUACGAAGACGUGGAGGAGGUCGUCAGUGAUCGGUUCAGCUCUCAUGUGGAACAGCAGCAGUAUGAAGCAGUGACAGAGCCGGAGAACCUUUAUGAGGAACCACCGCAGGAGGAGCAAAACCUGUAUGAAAGCUCUGACACUGCUGAACAUGGUACCUGUGCUCGAGCACUGUACGACUACCAGGCAGCCGACGACACCGAGAUCUCCUUCGACCCGGACGACAUCAUUACCGGCAUCGAAAGGAUCGACGAAGGCUGGUGGCGAGGCUACAGUCCGGACGGCCAUUUCGGAAUGUUCCCGGCCAAUUACGUCGAGCUCGUCUAAGCGGCGCCGCCAAUCACGUCCGGGCCAAUCUUUGCCCCGCCCACAUUUAGUCACAUAGGGAAACGGGUCCGUAAUGUUUAAGCGUUAUGUCUGAGCGAAACAAAAUCCAUCGAUCCGUGAAAGAAAAGAACUCCGAUUACAGACAAACUCAGUUACCGCCUCGACGUUUUGUACUUUGUUGUUGUUGUUUUUUUUCUUCUCUCUCUUUUUUUUUUUUUUUUUUUUUUUGCAUUAAACAUUCCCUUAAAAACAUCAAUACUGUGCUCACUGGCUAGCGAAACAAUCGUGUGCGCCACGGAGUAAAUAGUCGGUGUUAUUGUAUCACGUUAACCUCAAAUAUUCCACGGAUCGCUUCGGCACUUGUGUAAUACUCAAUAUAUUCCUUUUUUUUCUUUUUCUAUUUUUAAACUUUUCCCGAUCUGGACCGAUUCCUGUUCGAGAUGACCGAGUUUCAGGAUCACGAUCGUUAGGCUUCGGUUUAGUUCUGACGUGAGCUCCGAGGUCUCGUUUUGCCUGUUUUUGCCUUUUCCGCACAUUCUGGAGCAGUGAAAUUCCUCCGCCGACGAUCCGAACACGGGUGCUCGAGGAAAUCUGAUCAGCAGUCUGAUCCUUUUCCCGCGUUUAUUAGCGUUUGACGGACCGAACCGUCAUGCUAAUCCGGCGCACUUUAUCGUAGCCUUCCUGUCUGCUCUGAAAUGUGGGAAAAAAAUACUGUGAUCUGUUUUUUUUUCUUUUUUUCUUUCCUUCUUCUUCUUUUAAGUUUCAGGGAACAAUCAUAAGCGGUCAUAAACUGAUUUUUUUUGGGAGGGGGGCUGCCCUUUGCAUCGCCUUCAAUUAAUCUACACCACGCUUUGCGAAUCGAUUUGCACAGCUCUCGAGAACCCGCGCGGUCAUUUGCCGUGAAGGCCGAGCCGAUAGCUCGCUCGCUCGCUCGAUCGAUAGCGACGUUUUUAUUUUUUAAAGCUGUAACAUGAGAUUGUAUGGAGAGCCACAGCGGGAGCCUGGUUCCUCCAGAUCAUUGAAAUAAAGGAAGUGAAAAUGC